CUGAACGCUGCCACCGCACAUCUUGAACCGCAGAGAGCAUGAUGGCCAUUUUCGUUUUCUUUAAAUCUGUCACCACACUGGUCUUAAGGGGCUGAUCGCCGAACCUGAGCUCAGACGAAGCACGGAGGACAACACCACGCUGGUUUCCUUCAUGUCAGGCCACAGUCAGCCAGCACGUUGGCCAACAAGCAGCAGCAGCGAUGACAGUGACGUACUCCCGCCGAGUUGCUGAUGCAGGUUUGGGGACCUUUUUUCACCUUCUCCUGCGAUGGAAGGGCAGCAUCUACAAACUGCUCUACAGGGAGCUUAUCAUCUUCACUCUGCUCUACUACUUCUUCAGUGUUGUUUACAGGUUUGUGUUAAACGAUGAUCAGAAGAGGCUGUUUGAAAAGUUGUCGAUAUACUGCGACCGGUAUGCAGAGCUCAUCCCUGUGUCAUUUGUGUUGGGUUUCUAUGUGACUUUGGUCGUGUCCCGUUGGUGGGGACAGUUUGAGAAUGUACCCUGGCCAGACCGUUUGGCAGCAUUAGUCGGCGGUCACGUUCGAGGAGCUGACGAAACAUCCCGGCUGACCCGCAGGACACUUAUGAGGUACGCCAACCUCUCUGGUGUGCUCAUCUACCGCUCCGUCAGCACAGCAGUCUACAAGAGGUUUCCAACCAUGGAGCAUUUGGUGCAGGCAGGUUUGAUGACAUCAGAAGAGCUGAGGCACUUGGAGGAUUUGCCCUCCCCUCAUAAUAAGUUCUGGGUGCCCUGCAUGUGGUUUGUCAGCCUGGCUCUGAGAGCACGGACUGAGGGUCGCAUCAACAACGACGUGGCGCUCACUGCUCUCCUCACUGAGUUGAAUAGCUUACGGGCGAAGUGUAUGAAGCUGUACGGCUAUGACUGGAUCAGCCUGCCUCUUGUCUAUACUCAGGUGGCAACAGUUGCAGUCUACAGCUUCUUCCUAGCGUGUCUGAUCGGUCGUCAGUUCUUGGAUCCAACUCAGGGAUACCCUGGUCAUGAAAUGGAUUUCUACCUCCCUAUUUUUACCCUGUUGCAGUUUUUCUUCUAUGUUGGAUGGCUGAAGGUGGCUGAACAACUCAUAAAUCCAUUCGGUGAAGAUGAUGAUGACUUUGAAACCAACUGGCUUGUGGACCGCAAUUUGCAGGUCUCAUUGUUAUCUGUGGAUGAGAUGUACGAUAGCCUGCCUCUGGUUGAGAGGGAUAUGUACUGGAAUGAGUCUGAACCUCAGCCGCCCUACACUACUGCCAGCGCUGAACACCGCAAACCCUCCUUCAUGGGCUCAGCGCUGGAUAUCAGUGUUCCUAAGGAGGAGAUGGAGUUCCAGUCCAAUCUGGAGCAGAUCAAAGAAAAUGAGGAAGCCAACUACUCCACUCCUCUGCUUGGAGGGCUUGGUCGUCUUCUCGGUGUCCACUCCCCAAACUUCCCUCGCUCCUCCCGGGUGUCACUUCUCCGCCGUCGCCCUGGAGCUCCACUAAGCCGCUUUCCCCUUUACUUGCACACAGAGGCACCUUUGACUCAAGGUCAAGCCUGCCAGGAGGGAGAUCCUGACUACGCCUUUUCCACCACACCCUUGUACGAAAGACCAGGUUUCUAUAGCUGCCCACAAACCCCAAUUCACUGCAUUCCUCCUGCGGUGCCCCGUCCUCGACCUGCUAGGAGAACCCAAAAUGACUUGGAUCACAGCUGCAGUUCUCUAGCCCCUCCAACUGUGGGCUCCCAGAUGCUGCCUCCCGACACCCCUAACCACAUCCCCCCUCCGCCAUCCUCUGCUUUCCCCUGGCUGAGUGAGGAUGGGGAUACGCAGAGUGCACCUACCUUCUCCUUCCCCGACCCUCCACCUGAACUAUGCCCGAUAUCUAAACUCAGACUGGGACACGGCCUGCUAUCUCGCCGCCCUCCCCCUCCUCGCCUCACCCUGGACACCCUACCAUCUGCUGACAUUCAGCCUGGACCAGCAAGUGGCCGGGCUGCGGGAGGCGGAGGAGAAAGGGUGUUCUCGUUCACUCCGCCCUCUCGCACAACGGCAGCAAAUCCCGGUAAUCCCAACAGCAGCUCUAGCAGCAUUAAUGUAACAAGCACCAACAGCGCAGGCACGACGGGAAGUCUUUGCAACGGCACAGGUCACGGUAAUUUUAGUAACCACGGGAACUUCAGCGGCAACAUGAGGGCAAGCAACGGGGGCACCAACGGUGGGUUGAGCAAUAACAUGAACACAGUUUCCACUUCAGCGCCAUCGCAGCAAGAAACCAAUCAGCAAAACUCGCCCAACGAUUCAGGAAUCUCACUUGCCGAAGGAGACCUGCUGGGCGUUCUGGUGGAUGGUGGGGUGAACAAGGCAGCAGGAGGGAGGGAGCAGGACUAAGAAAAGAAGGUGUGACUCACUGUUUUUUUUUUUAAGCACAUGUGCCAAAUAUCUCAUAAAAACAGGCACUGGACUGUAUCAGCUGGAGCCACUAAAAAUUAUUUACUUUCCAAUGAACUCUCAAAGAAGAAUUAACCUACUUGUAAUAUUUUUUAAAAAAGGACCUUAUGAGAUUUGACCCUCAGUGCAUUAUGGAAAAAUACUUUCCAGUUUCAUCAGUGGCAGCCAAAAUGUGUAUAUUCUUCAUCUGUGGUAGUCUUUGCAUCAGUGUCUUUAUUAAUAAAUAUUAUAUAUUAUUCUUCUUUUGACACUAUUAAAGUUUUUUUCCAAAUAAAA